AUGAUUAUUUUCAUGUUCUUCUUCAUCUCAGAACCUGAGGUUCCAAAAGAGAAAGUUAAACCAGCUCCUGUAAAGAAAGAACCGGAGGUUCCAAAAGACAAAGUUAAACCUGCUCUUGUUAAGAAAGAACGUAGGGUUCCAAAAGCAGUUGUUAAACCAGCUGCUGUAAAGAAAGAACCUGAGAUUCCAAAAGAGAAAAUUAAACCAGCUCCUAUAAAGAAAGAAUGUGAGGUUUUGAAAGAAGUUAAACCACCCCCUGUAGGGAAAGAACAUGAGAUUUUGAAAGACGACGUUAGACCAGCUCCUGUAAAGAAAGAAGAGCCUGAACCGGAAAUGAAGGAGAACAUAGAUGAUGAAUUUGAUGACCAGAUGUCCUACUUCCAUUGCGUGUUUGUGGAUGAAGACAGUGGCCAGUACCCCCUGUUCCCCUUCAUGCCGAUGCAGAAUCCGUUCAUGUGGACUGGCCCUUGACAGUGAGGACCACCAGAGACGCAUGAAACUGAGGCAGUGUCAUCUCAUUUGGGCUGCUGAGUACACUACUGUGAUCCAGCUGGACCACUAGCAGCCCCAAGGUCUGCAGCAUUCAAGAUGACCAGGGACUAACAGGAUGAACCGUUUUUCUUUUUUUUUCUAGAACAGGGAGAGCUCUCGUGGAAAGCAAAGUCUGUAAAAGCCCAUUCCCCCCAAGUAGCUCCAGCUUUUGUCAGGUGUUUGUUUCAACUUUCUUGUUUGUCAGUUAUUGUGAUAUCUUUACCAGCAAAAAAAAAAAGUUUUACACAGAUAUAUUUUUACCUCUCUGUUGAUAAAGGAUAUAUUUUUAAAUCAUGAAUAGUCUUUAUAGUAUCCCACGUUAAAAGUUUUUGAAAAGUUGGAUUUAAAAAACCAGACCAAAGAUAUAUCACCCACUUCCCAGGUAAACUAGAUUUCAGAUAACCCUGCCAGACUUCUUUGACAAUAUAAUGAUACAUAUAUUUCACAUCGGUGGAAUAGUGCAAUAUCUGAAAGUGGCAAUAUUUUGUAUAUUUUCAAAUAUAGUGUGAAAUGUUGCAAUAUAUUGAUCAUGUUUUAUUUUGGUGCAUCCAUUUCUACAAGGGGAUAUAGGCUGAUUCAAUCAGUGUCAAAACAGUCUUGAUCUUCAUUCUGUUUGUUUUAACUACUUAAAGUGGAUGUAUAUUUUAACUUUUAGUCUAUGGUAAUGAAUGAUGUACUUCCAUUUUUGUACUAUUGAUGUCUUUGAGAUGGCUUGUUUGAUCAGUAUUUUAUGUCGCCAAAGCUGUAAGGGGAGAAAUUAGGGAAUUUUCUGUACAAUUUGUCCACAAGAGGUCCCACAUGUAAUGAAAGCAACGGUAACCAAUUAACUUUUUUAGUUCAGAGUGCAAUUGCUAUGGCAUACAUGGAAAGUUAAGUGUAUUUACCCAUUAGGCAGAGAUAAUCAUUUCACACUGCCACAGUGACCUUGAUUCAAUCAAUGUCUCCUUAACUUUUGCUUACACUUUUAAUUCUGAAAGUGUUGGACGAAUGAACAUACAGGAUAUUUUUGUUUAUUAUAGUCAUAUUUGAAUGAUUUUUUAUGAUUAUGUAAGCAAUAGACUUUUAAAUUACCAUCACAUUUAACAUUGAUUGGCUUGCCACUGCCUGUCCAGCAUAUAUCUUUUUUAAGAUAUUUUUUAGGCCUUUUUUCAGCUUUAUUGGACAGUAUAUAGUAUAGAGAGACAGCAAGAAUGGGAGCGAGAGAGAGGGGAAGACAUGCAACAAAUGUCAGACGGUCGGAUUCGAACCGCCGACGUCGUGGCUCGCAAUGAGCAUGUGGUCAGUGCUCUACAGGCUACGCCUCCGAGACACCCCUGCCCAGCAUAUAUCUGCCUCUGAUUACUGAACAGAAAGAUUGAAACAAGAUUCAGUAUAUGUGAAAUUGCUUGUACAGUAUAUAUUUGUAUGCAACUUCAGUGUUACAUUGGCUACAGAAAUAAGACCAUCAGAGGAGUAAUAAUAUGGGAAUUUGUCUCUUUUUUCAAGUUCAGUUAUACUUCUCAUUCCACUCAAGAGAGAAAGUUCCAAAUGCUGUCUUAGAUAGUGUACAACCAAUCAAAUGGUUGAACACCUAACCUAAGAAGAGCAGACAACUUUAAAAAAUAUAAUCAAGAAAAAUAUUAAUAUGGACCUGCAAUAGAAUUUGUUAUGGUGUUAGUGACAUUGAUAAUCAAAUGAUUCCCAUUCAUUUUGCUGAGGUAAAAGUUGUGAAAAACCUUGUGAUGAUCCAAAUAGUUUUUGUUGAUCUAGCAAACUUUUUCUGGCAUUUGAGACACUUUGAGACUUUUGUGUUUGUUCACUCAUUUUAGACAUGGAACAGCACAGUCUCUAUGCAUGGGAAUGCUAGGAAAACAGCAGAGCGUAAGUGUACAAACAAAUGAGUCAUGUUGAGCCUUAGCUCUGAUUCAUUUGAAUGUAAUCUUGACAGAGAGAAAAAUGUAUGUAAUGUAAUGUAAUGGACUUGGUUUGACCGCAUUAAAGUGACUGGCUUACAUUACACCGGAAUGUACAGAGAUACAUCUGAAAAUAUGAAAAGAAAAAAGGUUGAUACAGUACACUGAUUGUAGAUGAAUUAAUUAAUUAACUAACACAGUUCUUUUUAAGACAUUAAACUUUGGAGAGGGAAAGUUUUUCGAAAAUUUUCUAAACUUUAAGAAUUAUAAGUAUGUAUAAACUGUGUUUCUGAUACACUGAGGCAUUGUGCAAACCUGCUGUGCUUGACAGAGAGAUAGCGACAGCACUGUAUGUGUCCAGUGAUCUGUAAGAUACUGAAUGAAAGAAAACUAAUCAAGAUUAGAAAAGUUUUCAACAAGAAUAUAUAUGAAUAUAUAUUUUAAAUGUUUUUGAUUGUUUUUAGAUGCAUGGCAGUUAAAAAAAAAAAAGAUUAUUACAUUUUUCAGAUGAAAGAGAACCCCUUAGUUCUUGGUCAAGGGUUUAUGCCUUUAUUUUGGAUUUUUUGUUGUUGUUUGUUCAGCAAUGUUUUCACUUACCCAGAGUACUUAUCUAUCCAUCCAGAUAGCUUUGCUAAGAUUUGACAAUUUGUCAAUUCACGAUUUAAUCAAUGUGCUGGCAAUUUACAUUCUCAAUAAGCUCUCAAUAGUUCUGGAGCAAAUGUGGCAUUGUAUUUGGAAAGAGUUUUAAGAAUAUAAAUUGUCAGAGCAUUGAUUACCAGAAAAGUUUCCAUCGAGGUCCAUUAUAUUGCAGUGAACUACAUUGUGAAAUCUAUAAAAUGUGUCACAUCUUAGCAAAACCUCAUACCUACAACCGAAUCACAGCAGUGAUGAAUACAGUACUACGACCUGAAGUGUGAUAUUGCUUUCAUAACAGCUCAGCAGACAUGGCUAUUCGUCAAGUAAUGGUCAUUUGAGACAAUAGAUUGACUUUAUUCGGUAUCAAGAAAAAAUAGUUAUUUCAGAAUUCUAUUAGCUACUGUAACUGUCUCGCAUUGCCAGGUAACUCUAUGCACCAGCUAGUGAGUCAGUCUUUGCAUUUCUUUAUAGAGUUACCUAGCAACAGUAACAGUAGCUAAUAAAAUUCUGUAAACAAUGUGGAUUGAUCCUGGAUGGUGAUGAGGUCGGAGUGAUGUUGUACUGUAUAUCGGAAGGCAUAGAAUGCCUCUAGUCCAAUAAAAUGACUUGACCGGUAUUUUUUGUAUCAUGUAUAUUUUAUACAGUGGGCCAAUAAGUCUGAGACCACAUUGAAAAUCAGAGUUUUUUCUUUUCAUGUAAUCAUGAAAAUAAACAGAAAGUUUUAGGAUUUAGAAAAAUUUGAAACAAAUUAAAGUUACUUCAAAGCUUUGCAAGAACUACUUGAAGACCAAAGAAGAUAAAGGAGUUAUUGUCACCCCUGAUUUAAUCCAAAUCACCUGACCUCAACCCCAUUUAAUAUUUAUGGCAAAAUCAAAGUAUUCAAGAUGCUCUUUGGAACAUUGUCAAAUAAUGCUGGGAUAACAUGGAUCAUCAGGUUUUGCACAGGUCAUACGAAAUACUAAGAACUGAAAUUCAUGUAAAUUUUUUGAAAGAUUCAACGUUUGACUCAAAUGAUUAUGCUGAUGAUUUAUAAUUAUAAUUAAAAAUGUUGUAUUAAGAAUGUAAAAUAGAAGUAUUUUUACUGGUGAUCUCAGACUUUUGGACCCCUCUGUACUUGUUUUGCCAAUAGCAUGUCAUUGCUUGACCUGCAAAGCAUGAAGUGUGCUGGUUGAUAUAUGGUUUUAAUUGCACUUUUGUUUGCACAAGAUCAUAAGACAUAUUUUCCCCUACAGAAGAAAAUUACAAGAAAGCAAGGAUUGUCCUCUUUUCAUCAUGCCCUGGAUGCAGAACACUGCCUAGUUCUGCUUAAUGUCUUGUUUGAUAUUCUGAAAUUUUCAGUUCAAAUUAUUAAUGUGAAACAUUUCAAGUGAAGCAGAUCAAGGGUAGUUUUGAGUGUAGGGUACUGUCUUUCAUUGAAGAAUAUAACAGGAAUGCAAUAAGCUGCUUUCAGACCUUUCUAAAAUAAUUGAACUUCUGUAAACGUUAUCAAAUUAAGCCUAGGAUACACAGGUGUAUCUUUUUAAUGUUAUACUUCUGCCUCAAUGUAAAAUGCUAAUUCAUCAAAAUUACAAUUGAAGCUCACAUUUGAAUUUCUGUUUAACAAUGUCCUGAAAAAUAAAGUUUUAUGCACACA